AGUUUCACCUCCUGCGUCACGAGCAUCUGAUCUCCGCCCCCGGGAUCUCGCAGUCGCUCAGGCCUUCAUCCGAGACCAGCUGUACCGCUGCUACUGUGCGCCGUCUUCGAUUCCUAGUCAAGCCUCCUAUCGUCGAUCGCGAAUAUUAUUAUCAUUUCCUUUCUCGUCUAUUUCAAAUCAUUGAUUGAUCAUUAGCCACUCCAUUGCCUCGGUAUUCCUUCCAAGCUACAGGGAGCCGAUUGGUGACGACUAACCCGAAGGUGUCGGGGCCGUGUUAGGUUGAUGCCGUUCACUUCCGCAGACAGCUCAUGGUUUAGUCGUUCGCUGUCUAGAAUAUAAUUCGACAUGGGUUCGUGUGUAAGCUCAGAGCCGGCUGAAAACAAUGAGCCAAAGAAGAGGAGCCAGGCGAUCGAUCGCAGGCUGGAGGAGGAUUCUAGGCGAUUACGGAGAGAGUGCAAGAUUUUACUGCUUGGGUCCGGAGAAAGUGGGAAAUCGACGAUUGUCAAACAAAUGAAGAUCAUCCAUCAGAACGGCUACACAGUGGAGGAGCUAGCCUUGUAUCGCCUAACGGUCUGCAAGAACCUCCUAGACUGCGCCAAGUCCCUUGUAGGAGCUUAUCACCAGUUCUCCCUCGAGCCCUCGAGCCAAAAAGUCCGUGACUACGUACAAUACAUUUCAGACUACAAUAUCGACCCCGACCCGCACACAACGUUGGAUGCGAAGGUAGGGGAGGCGAUAACGUAUAUCUGGAAUGACCCGUGCACAUCCACAGUAUUGGAACAUCAGAACGAGUUCUACUUGAUGGAUUCUGCUCCAUAUUUUUUUGAGGAAGCAAAGCGAAUCGCAUCUCCAGAUUUCAUACCCAACGUAAAUGAUGUGCUUCGCGCCCGAACGAAGACUACCGGUAUCUAUGAAACUAGGUUUACGAUGGGCCAGCUGAGCAUACACAUGUUUGAUGUGGGUGGCCAGCGUAGUGAGCGCAAGAAGUGGAUCCAUUGUUUCGAGAAUGUCACCUCCAUUAUAUUCUGUGUGGCAUUGAGCGAGUACGAUCAAGUGCUUCUGGAAGAGAGUAAUCAGAAUCGAAUGAUGGAGAGUCUGGUACUGUUCGAUUCCGUAGUCAAUUCGCGAUGGUUCAUGCGAACGAGUAUAAUCUUGUUCCUGAAUAAGGUCGAUCUGUUCCGCCAAAAGCUCCCUCGGUCCCCCUUAAGCAAUUACUUUCCUGAUUACUCUGGCGGCAAUGACGUGAAUCGCGCCGCCAAAUACCUGCUAUGGAGGUUCAACCAAGUUAAUCGAGCACAUCUGAACCUCUAUCCCCAUUUGACACAAGCCACCGAUACAACCAACAUCCGCUUAGUAUUCGCUGCGGUAAAGGAGACAAUUCUACAAAAUGCCUUGAAGGAUUCAGGUAUCUUGUAGAUUUGAAUGUUCUGCGCGCAGACAUCUCGAGUCGGACAGAUCGCGAUCUCUGGGCCUGUUGAGUCUUCGGGCGACCGAGCUACGUUUAUUUCCGACAGCCAUGACGCUCCUUCUAUCCUAUUUUUC